GAUAUGGCGUCACUGAAAAGUGUAGGAGUCGAGAAACUUCAUCCAUGUAAAUAACGUCAAGAAGAAAGCUUGUGUCAAGCUGUAGGUAGCAACACUCAGUAAAUAGCUAUUAAUAUUAACCACCUUAUUUUUAACUAUGCCCCGGAAAAAGCCAUUUAGCAACAAACAGAAGAAGAAACAGCUACAAGUCAAACGGGAGAGAAAGAGAGGUGACACAGGUUCAGGGCCAAGCAGCCGCAAUGCCAGUGUAGAGCGAGGGGGAGAGCGACAGUCAGACACCUCAGACAGUGAGACCACUGAUGUUAGGAAGAUAAAUCAACAGCCCUUCAGCAGAGAAGGUAGAUAUGAUCCUAACAGGUUCCGACUGCACUUUGAGAAAGAGAGUAAAGAGGAUGUGGAAAAGAGGAAGAAGUUGGCCAGGGAGAAGGUGCUUCAGCCAGUCUCAGACAAAGAACAUGAGAUCAGCAUCAAUGACAUCUACCCCUCAGAGAAAGGUCUUGGUUUCCCACGACGCCCAUCCUGGAGUUAUGAGAUGACACGAGAGAACCUGCUGAGGAAAGAGGAGAAGUCGUACAGAGAGUACCUGGACGACCUGCACUCCAGAAACCCAGCUGGCACUCUCAGCCACUUUGAGCACAAUCUGGAGACAUGGAGGCAGCUGUGGAGAGUGUUGGAGAUGUCAGAUGUCAUCCUGCUCAUUGUGGACAUCAGGCACCCGGUGCUGCAGUUCCCUCCAGCCCUGUACCACUACAUCACAGGAGAUCUAGGGAAGCAGGUGGUCCUGGUGUUGAACAAAGCCGACCUGUGUCCUCCCCCGCUGGUGAUUGCCUGGAAACACUACAUGACCUCCCAGUUCCCCCACCUGCAAAUAGUCUGCUUCACCUCCCACCCUGGACAGCCCUACAGCACAGUGCUCCAGAAGAAGAGGAUGAGGAAGAAGGCUGACUGGAGUCACGCUGGAGGUCCUUUAGAUAUCCUGAAGGCCUGUCAGGAGAUCACAGCAGGGAGAGUUGACCUAUCCAGCUGGGAGCAUAAAAUUCAGAGAGAUGCUGUUGCCGAGCCUCUGGAUGGAGAGCGGCCAGAUGAAGGAGCGGAGUCUGUGCUGAUGGAGCAUCAAAGUGACAGCGCUAUGGAAAUGAGCAGCCCAUCCCAGGAGCUGUACAAAGAUGGGGUUCUCACACUGGGCUGCAUAGGCUUUCCGAAUGUUGGUAAGUCAUCUGUCAUAAACAGCCUGGUGGGAAGGAAGGUGGUGAGCGUGUCCCGAACCCCAGGCCACACCAAAUACUUCCAGACCUACUACCUCACCCCAACAGUCAAACUGUGUGACUGCCCUGGACUGGUUUUCCCCUCCCGUGUCAAUAAACAGCUGCAGAUUCUGGCAGGCAUCUACCCAGUGUCUCAGCUGCAGGAGCCCUACAGCUCAGUUGGUUAUCUGUGUGAAAGGACCCCUUUCCUCUCUGUGCUGAAGCUCAAACAUCCCUCUUUGUUGGAGAACAAACCCCAUGAAGUAAACCAGGGGUCGGAAGAGCUCAGCUGGACUGCCUGGGAUGUGUGCGAGGCAUGGGCAGAGAGGAGAGGCUAUAAGACAGCAAAAGCUGCUCGCAACGACGUUUACCGUGCAGCUAACAGUCUCCUGCGGUUGGCAAUUGAUGGCAGAUUGUGCCUCUGCCUAAGACCACCUGGCUAUAGCUGCCUGAGAGAGCACUGGGAAAAUCACCCAGACCUGCCAGAGAUUAUGGCUCUGCAAGGGAGGACAACAGAGGAGGAAGGAACGGGAGAGAGGGAUGAUGAUGAUGACGGAGAGUCCAGCACUGAGCCAGAGGAAGAGAGAGACCGAGAUGCAGAUGAUGAUGAGGAUGGAGAUGAUGAAGAUGAGGGGUUUGGACAUCCAAGGCGGACAGAAGAUAAGCCAUCUGGCUUCACUGUCAACAUGUACAAUGUCCUUCGGGAAAAUGAGUGCGAGUGAUAACGAGACAAGCUGGAAAACCUAAGUUGUUCCCUGACUUCUCCCCUGUUUACUUCAGUGCACUUCUCAUUCCUUUCUCUCCCCUAAUUUUGCAUUCCGUCUCAUUUGUUUUUCUCACAUCUCCACUCCUCAUACCAUUACCUUCUCUGUACAUUAACAUGAUCUGUUAUAAUUAAUUCACCCUGUUUCCUUCUCCCUAUAAUAUACAGAGCGUAUUCAUGUAUUCCAUGCUGUGCCUCUGCUCUGCUUGUUCAUCCAUGAAGCUUGUUCUUUAGUGUUGCUUUUAGGAAUGGGUUUCGUUUGGUUUGAUUUAAGCUUUUUUUUUUUUGCAUGUAGUUUUCAGACACAAAUGAACAAAGUAACUUUCCUCAGCCUGGAAUAAUCAACCUACUGGUUUUCAAUCUCUUUAUUAAUAAGUGACUUCACAGCUGAGAUGCCAAAGUUCAGGAAAGGAUGAUAAAACAAAUCGGAUGCACUGUCGAUAUGAUGUCAUUCACUGGAGCAGCCAUUUGGUUCUCAGAGCAGCUGGAGAUUUAAGACCACAACUCUAAAUCUUCUUUAUAGCCCAUAGUUUGUCACAACUUUGGUUAUAGGGUGUGGGGAUGGGAGAUAUUAGACCAGUGGAAUGAAUAAAACCAACAUUUCACACAUGGUUUUGCAGUUACCAGUAUUACGGCUCUGUUAAAGGUUCAUUCAUCAGAAUUUGGUUUUGAUUUAGAAAAAACUGUAUUUGAGAGUGAUUUUUUUAUUUGGUGUGGUUCUAUACAUUCAGCAGGAAAUUUAACAAAAAGUUUGGGAUGGGGGAGGGGAGAGGUGUUGGAUCCUGUAUUGCUGGACGAGGCUGUUUCAGGAAUUUAACUUGUAGUGUUUUAACUACUACAAACAUUCUUAGAUGCUGAUGGAGAUAUACAGUGUUUAGUGCAGGAUGGCUACACUCAUUCAGCGAACUUAUGUGCUAAUUGGAAGUACAGUGGGUCUGAUGCAACAGAGACUGCUGAACAAUCAAUUGCAGGAAUAGUUUGACAUUUUGAGAAAUCCGCUUUCUUCCCAAGAGUAAGAUGAGAAGAUAGAUGCCAUGCUUGAGUCAGUCUGGUAAAUAUGAAGUUGCGGACUGGAGAAGUAAGAUAAGCGUAAAUGAUACUUCACCUUUUCUCACAUGACCUCAUGGUGAAUGGAAAUUUACAAAAAAGCCAUACAUUACUCAUGAACUGAAGUCAUCGGAGUCCAUAUUUAACAUCAACAAAACUAUAUAUCAAAACAUCAAACUCUCAAACAACUUGUGCAGAAUGAUCGAAAUUUCAUUUAUGUUCAGUACUUCCCAAACACAUGAAUAUUUGCUAAGAUAUUAUAAUAUAAAACAGUUCCGCCUAUGAAUAGCGUGCUCUGAACAUACCUGGGCACACAGCAUAUGAGCUUUGUGUGAGCAGAGUUCAAACACAUACUCUGAUACUUGGCUGUGCAUGAGAUAUUUUAGUGAAUUGCAUGUGUUUGGGAAGUAUUGAGCACACAACUAAAAUGCUAAGACUUUGAUUAUACUGCACAAGUUGUGUGAGUUUGUAAACACAUGUUUUAACAUAAGUUUUGCUGUUGCUAAACUUGGUCCACGUUAAUUUCAAUUCAUGAUAAUUCAAGGUAACAUGCGGCGAGUAAUUGUUAUCCAAAUGGUGAUGUUUUGGGGUGGGGAGGGGUGAAGUAUUCCUUUAGCAUAAACACUGGAAACAGAAGGAAACUGGCAACAACAACUGCCCACUAGGGUCUCUAAAGCUCACUAAUUACCACAUUAUUAUCUUGUUUUUUUAAGCUGUACAAAAACCAAGUGUAAGAAUGACACUUCCUGGCUUUAGACUCCAGGAAGUUACAGCCCCCAGCCAAGAAAUAAUCCAGCACAUACCCCCUGGAAAACCACAGUGUGUGGUUUUAUGCUUUUGCUUUGUAUGUAUGAAUUAAAUAAACAAGACAUAUUGUGUUAAUAAGUGAGUUAAUUAGUUAAUUUUAGAUAAACUCAUGUAACUAUUUGCAUGAAAUUGAAAUAGUGUAUUCAUCAAAAUGUCAAGCUAUUCCUUUAACCACACACAAAGAGAGACUGGCCAUUAUAGUCACCAUCUGUCCAUCAUUAUAAAUACCAUUACACACUCCACCUGUGUUUUAUGAACUGUAACUUUGACGCAGUGCCCAAUUACAAGAUCAGAUCUUGUAAUUCUGUUACGACACCUGCUGCAGACAAUUCUCAGUGUUCAUCAACACCAUGUUUUCAUCUCAUUUUCUGUUGAAACUAGAAAAACUGACAGUUUUGCUGUUUGACCGGUCUGUCUCUCUCUCUUACUGUGUGAUGGCCCCGCUACAAUCCUGAGUGCUGUAUUAUUGUGUGCUGUUGUUGAACCUCGUUAAUGUGUUUCACUGAGGGAACUCUACAGCACAGUGCUGUGUUACUGUGUAAUACAUCACACUGCAGCCACAUGCAGUCAUUUCUACCAUUGGUACAGUGUAAAGCAGUUACUCAACACUACCAUGCUGUUAGAAACACAACAGAUUUUUAGUUGUGUUGAUGUGACUAUGUUACUAUCAUUAUUAUUUUUUGAAAUAUUAAAACUGACAGUGUCCAGAGAAUGUAGUGUGAAGGCUUGAGGUGUGUUCAGGCUAUUUGUUGCAUUCCUCAUUUCAUUCCUAGUACGCCUAAUGACUGGACUGCUUUCUGCAAUAAAAGAAAAUAAUCCUCCAAACCAUA